AUGUACCUCGCCAGUGUUAGUUACUCAAUUGGCACUAGCCCAUACUCAGUAUCAGUUAUCGAUGUAAAUGGUGACAACCAACCUGAUAUAGUUACCGCAAACUAUGGUGCAAAUACUACUAGUGUUUUGAUCAAUACAGGCGAUGGCACCUUUUCUUCGCAAGUUACUUACCCAGUUGGUAGUUAUCCAAGAUCAGUAUCAGUCGUCGACGUCAAUGAUGACAACAAACCUGAUAUAGUUACUGCAAACGGUGGUGCAAAUACUGUUAGUGUUUUGAUCAAUACAGACAAUGGCACAUUUUCUUCGCAAGUUACUUAUUCAACUGGUAGUUAUCCAAUGUCAGUAGCAGUUGUUGAUGUAAAUGGUGACAAUAAACCUGAUAUAGUUACUGCAAAUAAUGGUGCAAAUACUACUACUGUUUUGAUCAAUACAGGCGAUGGCACCUUCUCUUCGCAAGUUACUUACUCCAUUGGCUAUAGGCCAACAUCAGUAGCAGUUGUCGAUGUGAAUGGCGACAACAAACCUGAUAUAGUUACCGCAAACCAGGGUGCAAGUUCUGUUAGCGUUUUAAGGAAUACAGGCAAUGGCACUUUUUCUUCUCCAGUCACUUACUCAGUUGGUAGUAGUCCAUACUCAGUAGCACUUGUCGAUGUGAAUGGUGACAACAAACCUGAUAUAGUUACCGCAAACCAGGGUGCAAGUACUGUUAGCGUUCUAACGAAUAUCGGUAAUGGCACUUUUUCUUCUCAAGUCACUUACUCAGUUGGUAGUACUCCAUACUCAGUAGCAGUUGUCGAUGUGAAUGGUGACGACAAAUCUGAUAUAGUUAUCGCAAACCAGGGUGCAAGUACUGUUAGCGUUCUAACGAAUAUCGAUAAUGGCACUUUUUCUUCUCAAGUCACUUACUCAACCGAUCGUGGCCCAACAUCAGUAGCAGUGAUCGAUGUAAAUGGUGACAACAAACCUGAUAUAGUUACUGCAAAUAAUGGUGCAAUUACUAUUAGCGUUUUAAGGAAUACUGGCAAUGGCACUUUUUCUUCUCAAAUUCCCUACUCAACUGGUACUGCCCCAUACUCGGUAGCAGUGGCCGAUGUAAAUGAUGACAAUAAACUUGAUAUAGUUACCGCAAACCAGGGCGCAAGUACUGUUAGCGUUCUAAUGAAUACCGGUAAUGGCAUUUUUUCUUCGCAAGUUAAUUACUCAACUGGUAAUAGCCCAGUAUCAGUAGCAGUUGUCGAUGUAAAUGGUGACAACAAACCUGAUAUAGUUACUGCAAAUAGUGGUGCAAGUUCUGUUAGCGUUUUAAGGAAUACAGGCAAUGGCACCUUUUCUGCUCAAGUCACUUACUCAGUUGGUAGUACUCCAUACUCAGUAGCAGUUGUCGAUGUAAAUGGUGACAACAAACCUGAUAUAGUCACCGCAAACCAGGGUGCAAACACUACUAGUGUUUUAAGAAAUACAGGCAAUGGCACCUUUUCUGCUCAAGUCACUUACUCAGUUGGUAGUCGUCCAUACUCAGUAGCAGUUGUCGAUGUGAAUGGUGACAACAAACCUGAUAUAGUUACUGCAAACAAUGGUGGAAUUACUGUUAGUGUUUUGAUCAAUAAAGGCAAUGUCACAUUUUCUUCGCAAGUUAAUUACCCAGCUGGUAGUCGUCCAUACUCAGUAGCAGUUGUCGACGUAAAUGGUGACAACAAACCUGAUAUAGUUACUACAAACAGUGUUGCAAAUACUGUUAGCGUUUUAAUGAAUACAGGCAAUGGCACUUUUUCUUCGCAAGUUAAUUACUCAACUGGUAAUUAUCCAUUCUCAGUGGUAGUUGUCGAUAUGAAUGGCGACAAUAAACCUGAUAUAGUUACUACAAACAAUGUUGCAAAUACUGUUAGCGUUUUAACGAAUACCGGUAAUGGCACUUUUUCUACGCAAGUUAUUUACUCCGUUGGCUUUAGCCCAGUAUCAGUAGCAGUUGUCGAUGUAAAUGGUGACAACAAAUCUGAUAUAGUUACUGCAAAUAAUGGUGCAAACAAUGUUGGAAUUCUGUUUCAUUCCUAA